CCUACUCAACUCUCAGAAGCUCUGAAGUUGUUCAUGGCAUUGAGAAUUUUAAGUCUGCAAACGAACAAGUUUUCUUCGUGUUCAACCUUGAGUCUCAGCUCUGUCCGGGAUUCUUCGGAACCUCGAGGGCGAUUUGCAUCACCGAAGCGGAUUGAAUAUCAUGACGGGUCCCAGGAACUGGACCGCAGUGGCCCUGAUAUGCAUCUGUGCACUCGCCUACGAGGUGUCUGCCUCUGUGGAGUCCGCUGCAUCUAGGAAACUCCUGCAGACGAUGGGGGGAUGCCCCGUGGAUUUUGUGAAUAUGGACUACUCUUCCGUGACAUCGAAGUGCACUGCCCCGUACCCGGAAUCUACGUGCUGUCAAGCUUACAAUGAAUUCUGCGCACCCUACAAGAGCCAGCUAAACGACUUGAGCAACAUGUGUGCCAUAAACAUGAUUGCAUACCUCAAUCAAGCCGGAAACUACGGGACUGGUGUCUUCGUUGGUAGAUGCAACUCUGGAUCUAACGUCUGCAACUAGAUGUACGCUAGUUCUUGCCACAUUAGAACGCAGUGUCGUCAAUGUCUUACAUUCUGACGAGUAGAAUUCAGAUUCUUGUAGCUGGGUUGAGACUAUUCAGUAUUACUAUAGAUUAAAUUGAUUCUCUUCGAGACCUUGAAAUUUUAUAAUAAAGCACUGAUACAAUGACCUUGCUUUUC